GGUAAAACACUCACCACGCUCGGCGAUCGAUCUUUCCAUGCGGCCGCCCCUAAAUUGUGGAACGAUCUUCCGGGCUCUAUCAGAAACACCCAAUCUUUAAACAAGUUUAAGAAGGCCAUUAAGACUCUUUUAUUUGCAAAGCUUUUUAAUUCUUUGCAUCUAAUUUUAUAUUUUUACAUCUUCUUAGAGAACAUUUUUCUUUUUAGUUUUUAAUAUCUAUGUAAGGUUGAAUUUUUAACAUUUAAUUGUAAUGCGCAAUUGAAAAUUCUUAUAUUGAUAAUUGCGCAAUAUAAGUCUAUAAAUUAUUGUUAUUAUUAUUAUCAUUAGUAUUAUUAUUACCAUCGGUGUUGACCACCUAUCAAUAAAGAAUCAACAGCUGAAGACCCGUCUUGAGGAGAUGAAAACUUUAAAGGCGCCUGAAGCAUGUUAAAAUUCGAGGCAAAUUGAGAAAAGGGAUACACGAAUGUGCGAAUGAAAGGCAUGCAUAUGAUCUUGUUUUGCUAAUGAAGAUAUUGUCCGCUGAGGAGAAAGCCAGACAGUUGAAAAUUCAAGUUAAAGAAGGAAGAAGAACGUACAAUUACUCAACAAGCUGA